AUGUCGCUCAAAUCAGCAAAAGCAAUCUGGAAUUAUCUCAAAUCAGAGUAUGAAGGUGAUGAGAGAAUCAAAGGGAUGCAAGUGCUGAAUUUGAUAAGAGAUUUUGAACUACAGAAAAUGAAGGAAUCAAAAACGAUCAAAGAGUAUUCUGACAGACUUUUAAGCAUCGGCAAUAAAGUGAAAUUGCUCGGUUCUGAUCUACCCGACUCGAUGAUCAUUGAAAAACUGCUAGUAACAGUGUCUAAAAAAUUUGAGACUACAAUUAUAACCUUAGAAAACACAAGGGAUUUGUCAAAAAUCUCUCUUGCAGAACUCUUAAAUGCUUUGCAAGCACAAGAACAGAGAAGGGUCACAAGGCAAGAAGGAGCAGUUGAGGGAGUUUUGUCUAUGAAGCAUCAAGACAAUGUGAAGAAUAAAAAGAAUAAGAACAAGAAGACAAAUACUAGUGGUGAAGCAGGUGCUAACAACAGUAAAGGAAAAGGUGGAAAUGCUGGUGGAAAUCACUCACCAUGUCAUCAUUGUGGCAAAAAAGGCCACCUCCUUUUCGGUGUUGGAGAAGAUCUGAUGCAGAAAGCAGCCAAUGCAAUCAAACCGGUCAUGAAGCUGUAA